UUCUAACCCACAAACAGAAGUACCAUCAGAGGGAGGGAGAGAGUGAAAAGGGGAAGGGUGGUUGAGUGAUUAUGUGCUAAUGAGGUGCAUGUGUUUGAGUGGAGAGGUACGCCACUCUCUCUUUCCUUUAAGAGCUUUACCACUUCAGCCAACAUCCUGAAGCGGGCCACUCGGCUCUCUACCCCCUCCUCUCCCCUCUCCUCCGGACCUCCGCAUGGACUCAAGCAGCUUGGAGAGAAGGCAGUGAGGACUGAGGAAGGCAACUUUUCAAAAGAGAGAUAAAUGGUGAGAGGGACAUCUGCUGUUGGUUGCCUGGACUAAAGUGUUGGGAAUCACAAUAGGAGUCAAUCCCCUUUUCCUGUCUGGGUUUUCUUUCUUCCUUCACGAGGACCAGCGGGAGCAAUAAUCGGGCUGAAGAAUACUUCUGGAUGCAACGGCAAAGACAAGGACCAGCCAAAAGAGCAGAAGAGAAAGUGUUAAAACAGAGACAGGAGCAGCAGGAGUUGGACUGAGAAGACAAGAGGAAGGUAGAGUCAAAGUCUUGAGGGACACUUUAACAAGUGACAGAACAGACAAAUUAUCUAAAUAUAUAUAGGCAGAUGUAGAGGACCAAAAGGGACAAAUCACCUGACUCACAUCUCUUCUCUGCUAGGAGAAGCAACCUCCUUCUUCCCCUCCCACCCUCCCCUUUCCCUCUCCUCUGACAUGGGCCGCCUGCUGGUCCUGACCCUUGCCUAUCUGGCCUCCUGGCUGGCCACCGUGAUCGGCUCGGAACGCCAACAGCACCACGUGCAACACGGCCCCUGCAGAUACACCUUCAUUCUUCCCGAGGUGGAGCACUGCCACCCCUUACAGGACUUCCAGGUCACCAACACCCUCCAGAGGGACUCGCCGCCCGAGGCAGAGCCUGAUACAAGCCAAUCCAAGACGAGUAAGGCCCAGAAGGAGAGGUCCUUCUGGCAGGAGAGGAAGCUGGAAAAUCUAGAAAGUGCCAUGGAGAAUAACACCCAGUGGCUGCAAAAGCUGGAGCACUUCAUCCAGGAGAAUGUGCGUUCUGGGAUGGAGGAAAUGAAAAGAACUGCGGUACACACCCAGACAGCUGCCAUGCUGGAAAUGGGAACCAACCUCCUCAGCCAAUCAGCGGAGCAGACUCGCAAACUGACAGACGUUGAGACCCAGGUGUUAAACCAGACGAGUCGCCUGGAGAUCCAGCUGCUCGAGUACACACUCUUCACUAACCGCCUGGAGAAACAUAUUCUCCUGCAGACUCAGGAGAUCUCACGCCUCAGCGAUAAAAACAGUUUUCUGGAACAGAGGCUGUUGGCGCUGGAGGCUAGGUAUGGGAGGGAGUUGCAGGGCUUGCAGAGCGAAAAGCAGCAGCUUCAAGAGCUUCUGGAGAGGCAGAGUCGACUGGUCAGUCAGUUCCAGGGUGAACUGGGCAGCUCCACGCUAAACGGCACCUCACUGCAGAGACAGCAGGUCGCGCUCACAGACACCGUUCAGCAGCUGCUGGCGCUGGUCAACCACUGCAAUGAAAUCACCAAUAUGCCCAAGGAGGAGCCGCUCAGUUUCAGGGACUGCGCGGACAUCCUGCGAUCUGGAGUGACAGCGAGUGGAAUAUAUAGCAUACGCCUCCCUAACUCCACGCAGACUGUCAAGGUGUUCUGUGACAUGAAGACUAGAGGUGGUGGGUGGACGGUGCUGCAGCAUCGGAGAAACGGCUCCGUUAACUUCCAUCGUGGGUGGAGAGACUACAAAAUGGGCUUUGGAGAGCUGUCUGGGGAACACUGGCUCGGGAAUGAUAUCAUCCACAGGCUGACCAGCUCCCAGGAAUACAGCCUGCAUGUGCAGUUAAAGGACAGAGAGGGGAACGAAGCUUUCUCACAUUACGAUCGCUUCUACACAGACGGAGAGGACAACAACUACAGCCUUCAUGUCGAGGGCUUCAGUGGCACUGCUGGACGGACCAGCAGCCUCACCCACACUGGCACCCAGUUCAGCACCAAGGACAGAGACAACGACAGCUGCACCUGCAAGUGUGCCCAGCUCGCAUCUGGAGGUUGGUGGUUCGAGGCUUGUGGCCCAUCCAACCUGAACGGCAUCUAUUACCCCAGCUCAUCCAGUGUGGUUCGCUACAACGGCAUUAAGUGGUACUAUUGGAAGGGUCCAAAUCUGAUGGCAACCACGACAACCAUGAUGGUGCGCCCGGCAAACUUCUGACGACACUGGCUCUUUCAUGAUGUCAGAUUAUAAAGUGAAUGUCGCCUCUGAUGAAUAUUCUGAACCUUACUCAAUAGUAAUUGAAUCUGAGUGUUGGUGGUUUCAGCUUCUGGACAUCUUGUACGGGGACGUUCGCAAUUGCUUGAGCAGAUGUACCGACACUUUAUCAAAUGACUGGUUUUACUGAAUUACUGAGUGUGAAAUUCAACCAACACUAUUUAUUAACAAAAGGUGGCCAGACUAUAUUUUAAUACGGAUUGUUCAGCUGAGAGAGCAACGGGCUUUGCUACGGAUGACAAAAAUACAACUAACAUCAGAUUAUGCAGUUACAUAUGACCAGUUACUCAGCCCAAAAUAAAAUAAAAUUGAAUAAUGGAUAAAUGUUUAGAGACACUUUAUCUUAAUACCUAUUUUUAUAUUAAAGUAUGAAAACUUACAUUGUGUUUGAUGUAAAUAAAUGUGACCAAUAACUCACAGCCUUGUAUAUAGUUUACAAAAAGUCAACUGAUAAUCUACUAGAAAGUUUCAAUUUCACACUAAAUGCUUUAUUAACUUGGAUUGUGGUACUUGUGUUACAUAUGAUGUCAGAUAUUAAGUUAUAAUUCUUCUAUGCAAUGGCCUGUUUGGAACUUUAUGCCAGUGGCAUUAUCAGACUGUAAAACGGCAGUCCUAGUUUAAAACUGUAGUUCAGUCCAUACACAAUGUAAUGUAAGAUUAGCAAUAGCGACUUCAAUGGUUUACCACUGCUAAUAAAACAACACCAUAAGAACAGCAACAACAACAGGCUUUGCCCUUUGCUGUAUCUUCCAGAGGGCCUUUCAGAAUGAAAUAUUCACGAUUCUUUCCAGGCACACCUGUCAUAAAACUUUAUUUGUGAGAGAUUUUUUCUCAUAAAAGUAAAUCAUACACUUUCACUGGUGUGAUUAACUUUAAAAAAAUGAAACAUUUGUAAUAACAUCUGGGAACAAAGCUGUAAAUAAAAAUUUUACUUUGUAAAAAACAAUAAAAUCAUAUAUCUUCUUGGGUGCCUAUAAUCCACAGUGCCAGGUGCUUGUUACCAUGUAAGCUACAUAAACUCCAACAAGCCACACAUGCUGGUCUCAGGAAGUAAAAGGGGUACUGCCGACCAUUGGUCUGAUGAAUCAUCCACUAAGAGUGGUCCCUGUGGUACCCAUUAGAAAGUGGAUGGUUUCACCUCCAGUAACUCUGACCUGGAUAUCCCUGUGUACGCUGGGGACAGCAGCCCUUGCAAACUGGAAGAAGACACGCACGUUGGCUGUCCAUGUCUGCAAUGUGCUAAUUGUUCAGUCACUUUAUUAUUCCAAAUGGGAAAACUGCUCUGCAGUCA